AUGGCAGAAAUCGGGAUGGCUGGGAAAAAAACGUAUCACAGGCUUGGUGAAACUGCCUCUCUCAAAGUUGCUAUAUUGGACUCCUAUGCUUCUCUUAAAGCAGCUAUCCGUUCCUUCUUGAGUACAAAGCCCGGCCGAGGGGUCAUUGUUACCAAAUGCAUAGAGUACGAGAGAAUUGCUCUUUUGCAACUGAAACCUUUCUUCAAUGAUCCCCACUCUUUGAGCAACUGGGUGGAUGUGAAGGGUUCGAAUUGUUGUAAAUGGAAUGGGGUUGAGUGCAGCAUCACCAGUAGACGAGUCAUAGGACUCUCUCUUAAUUUUACAAGACAAUGGAAAUCGGGAGGUCUUUGGUAUCUCAAUGCCUCUUUAUUUCUCCCCUUUCAGGAAUUGAAGAGUCUGUAUUUGGGAGGGAAUCAAAUAGCUGAUUUUGUUCACAACGAAAAAAAUAAAAGUUUGGGAAAGCUAAAAGUUGCUUAUUUAGACGGGGCGUUCAUCAAUGGAACUGCUUCACUACUAAAAAUUGUUGAGACAUUCUCAUCAGUCAAGACCCUCUUUUUAAGACGCAAUAACUUGAACGACACUAUUUCUACACAAGAGUUGCAUGUAUCGAGCAAAGUUGAGGAAUUAUUGCUGGAUAAUUCAUAUCUCAAUAACAACAUUCUUCAAAGCAUUGGUGUAUUUGCUUCUCUUAAAACUUUGUCAUUGUCUGGAUGUGGAUUGAUUGGAACCUUACCUACUAAAGAUACAUGGAUUUGUUUUACAGGCUGGUGUGAUUUACGGAAUCUUGAGGCGUUGGAUCUUAGUGAAAAUGCACUUGAAGGAACACUUCCUUCAUGUUUGGGUAACUUAUCAUCUCUCCGUUAUCUGGAUAUUUCCGACAAUCGAUUUACUGAAAAUGAUGCCUCCACUUCUCUGGGCAAUCUUACAUUGCUUAGAUUCGUUGCUCUUUCAAAAAAUCUAUUUCAAGUUCCGGCUUUUUUCAUAUCAUUUGCAAACCAUUCACACCUCAAGGUCCUCUCAAGCAAUCAAAACAAGUUAGUAAAAGAGCCUCCCUCUCAAACUUGGAUUCCAAAGUUCCAACUAAGAGUCUUCCGUAUGUCAAAUUGUACAACAAAGGAACUCCACAAUGAACUUCCCAAAUUCCUCCAUUACCAAUAUGACUUGAGUAUUGUUGAUCUUUCAUAUAACAAUUUUGGAGGAAAGAUUCCUUCUUGGUUGUUGGUGAACAAUACAAGAUUAGAAGAAUAUUUAAUGGCAGGAAAUUCUUUUAUGGGCCCUCUCCAGUUGCCUUUACACCCAAAUUCAAACAUGUCCAUUAUUGAUAUAUCUGACAACAAAAUACAGGGUCAAAUUCCAACGAAUAUUUGUUCAACUUUUCCACAUUUAAGCGGGUUAAACUUAUCUGGCAAUACCUUUGAAGGUAAUAUUCCUCCUUGUCUGGGUGUUUUGGCCAUUUUAGAUCUGUCAUAUAAUAAUUUGUCCGGAGGAAUACCAGAAGAGUUUGCAAAGAGUGACUUGUUAUGGUUUCUUAGACUGUCGAAUAAUAAUUUGAGUGGGAAGAUAGCCCCCACGAUAUUUAGCUUAUAUUCAUUACAAAUGUUAUAUUUAGAUAGCAAUAACUUUGAUGGAGAGAUACCUAGUAUUGAUAUCUCAACCAGUAUACGUACCCUUGUUGUAAUGGAUUUAAGUAACAACAAUUUGUCUGGCAAGCUCCCAAGAUGGAUAUGGAAUAUGUCAGAUUUGAUGGCAUUGGCUUUAUCCAACAAUCAGCUUGAGGGUCCCAUUCCGAUGGAAUUGUGCUAUUUGGAUCGCCUUCAGAUUUUUGACGUUUCACAAAAUAAUUUUUCUGGCCCACUACCAUCUUGCUUGGAUGCACGAUUUGUCAGACAUCUUCAUUUGAGCAAAAAUAGAUUAACUGGUAACUUGGCAGGUGUAUUCUUUAACAGCUCUUCACUGGUGACUUUAGACCUUAGUGAAAACUAUUUGACCGGUGAAAUUCCAUCUUGGCUUGGUACUCUUUCAGCUUUGAGUGUCCUUCUUCUGAAAGCCAAUUAUUUGAUUGGGGGAAUUCCGGUUCAGCUAUGUGAAUCAUACUCAUUAAGCAUCAUAGAUCUUUCUCAAAACAAGCUUUCUGGUCCUAUACCUUCUUGUUUGGGUAAUUUAACUCUUGAGCCAAACGCUGGGAAGUCUUUAACAGAGACGGCAACUCUCUAUUUAGGUUCGACAUUGGCGGGAGCUGAUUAUUAUGGAAUGACAAUAUUUGAAAGGGAUAAUUUAAAACCAUUUGACGCAAUCGAUGUAUCUUUGAUCGGUGAGAAUCAUAUGGAAGAACGGGUGGAUUAUACAACAAAGAGUGGUUUUUACACAUACAAAGGUAAGAUUCUUGAGUACAUGUCUGGAAUCGAUUUGUCCUGCAACAGACUAACAGGUGAAAUCCCCUUUGAGAUUGGAAAUUUGAGUGACAUCCGUUCAUUAAACUUGUCGCAUAACAAUUUGACUGGAGUUGUACCCUCAACAUUCUCGAAGCUUAAGCAGAUUGAGAGUUUGGACCUAUCUCACAACAAGUUAAACGGAAGAAUCCCUGUUCAAUUGAUUGAGUUAAAUGCUCUAGAGGUCUUCAACGUGUCAUACAACAAUUUGUCAGGGAGCAUUCCAGAUCAAAAAGCUCAGUUUGGGACCUUCGAUGAAAACAGUUACCUAGGGAAUCCUUUUCUUUGUGGACCUCCAUUACAUAAAAAUUGCCCCGAAACAGAUUCACCCGCAACAAUGCCAUUUGCCUCAAACGGGGAAGAAGAAGGCGGUUUGAUGGAUGAGUAUGUCUUUUAUGUGAGCUUUUGGGUUUCUUACGCAAUUGUUUUAAUGGCAAUUGCUACCAUCCUGUACAUAAAUCCAUAUUGGCGACGAGCUUGGUUUUAUUUCAUUGGGAAAUGUAUCAACACUUAG